AUGGCUCCAGUGGGCAAUCCCAGUCAGUACGACAAGGUAGUGGCAGAGUUCCUCCAGAAUUACAAAAAGCAGGGAACUCAAGAGCGAUUUGAGAAGCUUGCUGCGCUCACCAGGAAAGAAUGUGAAAAUAUACUGGAGAGAAUCCAUGUCAAAGGAGUGGUGCAGAGCAGAACGAAGCGCUAUCAAUCAUUGGAGAAGAAAUUGAAUGAAAUGGCGAGAGAUACCGAGUUUCGAGACUGGGUUUCCAAAAAGGAAAAUGACAUCCUUAGACAUAGCGAGAUGGGUGACCUUGCUGGGGUACGUAUUGGUCUGUAUCUCCCCGACGAUGUCAUCAAAGUUUCCAAGGAACUCGACAAACACUUCGACAGACAACAUCUCUUUGGUACGGUCACGGGUGGGCGGGACCCAGCCCAGGGCAGAAACUUGGAUGUCCAGCAACACGCCAACGGGCCGUGGCAGUCUCGAGAUCUCAAUGGGGACAUUGAGCAUUGGCAACACUAUGGAUACAAAUCAUGGCAGAUGGUGGUCAAAUGGAGGGCGAGCAGCAGUUUGCCCGAGAACCUCAAACCCCUCCGAGUCGAGAUACAGGUCGGAACGGUGGUAACACAGGCUUGGGGCGAGGUACAGCACGAUAUCAUCUACAAGAGGCCAGCCGAAAUUCUUGCCACGCCAACCAUGAAGAGGAUGAUCGAUGCCAUCAAUGGUCUGGCAAUCACGACCGAGAUCAUGCUCGUGGAACUGGCACGAAGCCUGGAGGUUGCGAAGAAAGAAGCUGAGAAUGCAAGGAGAGCGGCGGAGAAGAAGGCCCUUGAACCCUUUGCGAGCGGGGAAGAGUUUUCGAAGUGGUUCAAAUCGACAUACAUGGCCAAGAUGCGGCCGGAAGAGCGUGAGCGAUGGGCGUCCUCUUCGACAUGGGCUGAUGUCCUGGUCCAGUCGAGCCGUGGUGUACCCGCGCAUGCGGCAAUAAUGAAGCACACCAGUCCCAAGGAAGUCCGUCGAAUCACAGCAUCUCGGGCCGAGUUGGGAAAACUGAUUGAGGAGAAGAAGAUACUCGUGCAGCCUAGGAAGAAGACCGACAAAGCGUUGGACAUCGGUCGCCUGCUCCUGGAAGCUCUGGGAUAUAAGCUACACCAUCUUGAUUGA